UCGAGAGUCAAGAGGAUGAGAAAGAGAUGAUGAUCAUGUCGGUGCAGUUGACGAAACUUUCGCUCGGCUCGUUGCUUCUGCUGCUGCUGAUCCACGCGGUAGCUGGCCUACCCGCCGUGCUCGACGUCGACGUCGACGACAGCAGCAACGGCAACGGUGGUAGCGGCAACGGCAACGCUAGUCGGAAAUUACAGCUCAUUCAAGUGAUAUUCCGGCACGGGGAUCGCGUGCCCGACAGGGGUGAAAUUUACGACUCCGAUCCCUACACAGACGAGUUCUGGAAGCCGCUGGGUUAUGGAAAAUUAACAAAAGUCGGAGAGAGGCGCGAGUUCGAGCUCGGCCGCAUGCUGAGGCGACGCUACGACGACUUUCUCGGCGAUUACGAGAGCGACCGGGUCUACUCCUUCACCACCGACAUGAAUCGUACCAAGCUGUCGCUGAAGCUGGUGCUGAACGGACUCUAUAACAACGAAACGAAUUGGAACGAGAACGGGAAUACGCUCCUCGAGGAGUUCUCGGUCGACUGCGUGCCGGACGGUGGCAACGUUUUCCGUCAUCCGUCCAAGAAGUGCUCCAAGUUCGGGAAAUUGUACAAAGAGGCGUUGGACGCGAACGAGCCCAAACUAGACAAGUAUCGCGAGCUUUUCGAUCGCAUAGAAAACAGCACGCACUUCAAGCACGAGUACAAGAUCAAAAUUGGCAGUAGACUCUAUCGUAAUAUACGCUCGGCGUUAGCCUUGGGCCUACCCAUGCCGGGUUGGUGCUCGGAAAAGUGUUACGACGAUCUGCGCCACAUAGCCGGUAUAAAUUUCGGCGUCUACGUGCAUGCAGCAAACAUAAGCCGGAUCACCGUGGGCCCGAGCCUCGAGAUCUUCCUGAAAAACAUGCGCGACAGCGAUGAGAAAUCCAGCGCCAAUAAGAUCUAUCUGUACAGCGCGCACGAUUACAACAUCGCCACCAUUUCCAAGGCGCUCGAGUUCGAAGGGAUUCCCGAUUUCCCGGACUUUGGCAGUGCGAUAAUGAUCGAGAAAAGGAAGGAUGAAAAUGAUAAUAGCUUCGUGAAGAUGCUGAUGUGGACCGGAGUCUCUGAGCAAUUGAUUACCCUGAAAUUGCCAGACUGCGAUAUCGAGUGCCCACUGGAGCGAUUCAGGACUAUCUUGAAGCCCCUAAUGCCUAAAGCACAGGACAAAAAGUGUUACACGUCGAAAGCGAAAAACCCGUGCGUAAACGUCAACACGUAGUACGCAAUAUUUUGCAAUACAUACAACUUUUAUACUAUAAAAAAUCAAAAUAAUGUUUUUUUUUUGUAAAUAAACUCAACUUGCGUAAGCA